AUGACUGAUUUAAAUUCAUCGUCUAGUUCAGAAGAGCAACAAAUUAUUUCAAAUAGAAUAUAUAAAGUGCCCAAAUUUGUAUGUAAUGAAAGAGCAUUUUCCAAUAAUCAAACCAACUCCAUUGAAAAAACAUAUACGUAUAUUUACGAUGGAUUAAAUUGUAAAAUAUCUUUACCUAAAAUUCCAAAUGAACAUCAAAUAACAUCAACUUUAUUAUCUAUCAGACAUCUAGUUCUUCGAAUUGCAGUGUUUUACGAACGUAAAACAACAACAGAAAUUAUCUUUGGCAGUGAUUGUUUGAUAACUAAUAAGCUUUUGUUAAUAUCUGGCCAUACAUUUGAUCCAAUACAAUGGGGUACUGAUAAAGUAUCUUAUUCUAAAAUAUUAGUGGCUUUUUGUGAUCCUGCUCCUGAUACAGUUUUUUCGUUUCUAAAUCCUCAUCAAACUGUAUAUCAAGCUAAAAUAAUUCAACGUGGUAUAGUAGAGGACCACAUUACUGAUUAUACUGAAAUCAAGGAUAAUUAUACAGAUCUUGCUUUACUUGAAUUAGAUAAUGAAGUAGCAAAUGUAACAAUAGAUCAAUAUUUUGAUCCCAAAUUCGAUUUAAAAUCAUCAAAACUAGUUGAUGCUCCACUAAAUUCAAAACUAUAUCUCGUUGGAUACAAUGGGGAAUUAAUUGAUCAAGAUGAAUUAAAACCUUACCAAUAUUUGAAAGAUUUCAAUGAUUUAACAAUCGAAAAGCUGAAUCUUUAUCAUCAUGUUAAUUACAAAUCUAUUUCAAUAGGAAAUCUUAUAAAAGAAGCAUGUGAAAAUGAUCAAUAUUCUUUACAUAACUGUAGCACCUUACCUGGUUCUAGUGGUUCAUUUAUAUUGGACUGCUACGGAAGUUUAGCCGGUGUUCAUAUUGGUGUAAAUAACUCUCGAAAAGGAAGAGAAAAUGAUAUCUUUUUUAAUAAAAAAGCAUAUAAUAAAUAUGUUUCAAUUAAAUCAAAUGAAUUUCGAACAUUUAUUCUUGAAACAGUUUUACCAAAUAUCAAACAUGACGAAUUAAUAAAAAAAUGA